AGUAUGGUUAUUGUGACAUCCCGGGAAUUGGGUGUCCUUCAAUCAUGGGGUCUGUCCUGCAUUUAUAAAAUGCCAAGACUGAACAGGUCACAUGCCGAGCAGCUGUUCUGCUGGCACGCUUUCUUGCAACACUUUCCACCCACUGGAUUUGAAACUCUGGUUCAAGAUUUCUUGAAGGCAUGCAAUGGGUUGCCUCUGUCGCUAAAGGUUUUGGGGGCACAAUUAUAUGGCGAAAAGUCAAAAGAUUACUGGAAAUCCCUAUUAAAUAAACUCUCAAGAGUAUUGCCUGGCGACAUCCAAAAAAGUCUACAGCUUAGCUAUGAUGCUCUGGAUGAAGAAGAAAAAGAGAUGUUCUUGGAUGUGGCUUGUUUUCUCAUUGGAGAAUGUAAAAGCACUGCUAUAGCAGUGUGGGAUGGAAUGCAUUGGAGUGGUCUGCACGGUUUACAAACACUUGUGAAUAAGUGUCUUGUGGAGCUGGUUGACGAGCAAGAUUAUCUGAGAGGACUUCUCUUCUACGAGGAGAAGCUAAGGAUGCAUGAUCAUCUCAGGGAUAUGGGAAGGAAGAUUGCAAGUAGACACCCGUCAAAUCGUCUUUGGCAGCCACAGAUUGAUGACAAAAAACAUUUCCAGAAAGAAAUGCCAAUUCGAGGGAUACAACCUCCAGCUACUUUUGUCGCAUACAAAGAGUACACGCAGUUAAUGGGAAUCUCAAGUAGAUUAUCAAAUGGAUUAGAAAUUCUUCAUGUAGAAGGAAAUGAUUUCACAGAAAAUUUUGCAUCGUUAUCAGAACAUCUUGUGUGGCUUCGCUGGGAAGGUUUUCCCCUAAAAAAAAUUCCAGUAUGGCUUACAUUAAGACAUUUAAGUGUUUUAGAGAUUCAUGGUGGUGAGCUGGAAGAAUUGUGGGAAGAUAAUGUGGAUCCUCCUGAACAAUUGAGAGAGCUUAUUAUACUGAGUUCAAGAAAUUUGCAGCGGCUUCCAAGCUCAAUUGGACGUCUUCACUAUUUGAAAAAGCUUUUUUUUAGCUUUGACGGUAGCAGUUUGCCAGAACAGUUCUGUGGCCUCCAAUCGCUGGAGCAUUUGUCGUUUGUUCCUCCAAAUCUAUCUUCACUGCCUGAUGGUUUUGGCAAUUUAAAAAGCUUGAAGUCUAUAAAUUUAGUUAGUGGCAAGCAGUUGAGCGAGUUGCCAGGUUCUUUCACGCAGUUGAUACACCUGGAAAUGCUACUAAUAUCAGGUAGUGAAAUUCUGUCCUCACUACCUGAUGGUUUUGGCAAUUUAAAAAGCUUGAAGUCUAUACAUCUAAUAAAUUGCAAGCAGUUGAGCGAGUUGCCAGGUUCUUUCACGCAGUUGAUACACCUGGAAAAGCUAGAAAUAUCAGGUUGUGAAAUUCUGUCCUCACUACCUGAUGGUUUUGGCAAUUUAAAAAGCUUGAAGUCUAUACAUCUAGAAAAUUGCAAGCAGUUGAGCGAGUUGCCAGGUUCUUUCACGCAGUUGAUACACCUGGAAAAGCUAGAAAUAUCAGGUUGUGAAAUUCUGUCCUCACUACCUGAUGGUUUUGGCAAUUUAGAAAGCUUGAAGUCUAUACAUAUAAAUACUUGCAAGCAGUUGAGCACGUUGCCAGAUUCUUUCAAGCAGCUGAUACACCUGGAAAAUCUAAAUUUAUCGGGUUGUGCCAAGCUUAAACUGAAAUUAGAUGUACUUGAAAACAUCAAGAAGCUCGCGUUCUUGGGACUCAUUGGUUGCGAGGAAAUAGAAGAUCUGCCUCAUCAAAUAGUGAACCAGGCAUCCUUGAAAAGCUUGGAUCUAACAGGUUGCAUCAAGUUGAGAGCUUUACCUACUAACAUUGGUGCACUGGUCAAAUUAGAGUAUCUCACAUUUGAAAGUCCGAUGUUAAAAUGCUUGCAAACUUCUCUUGUAAACUUGUGCUCGUUGAAGAAGAUUAGAAUUAUAGAUUCUAUUGGUGAAAUAGAUUUUGAUGCCCGGGCUGAAGACCACAAACAAGUCUCCAGGAUAUCAAUUUCCAGUAAUUGUUGUCCCGAUCUUGAAACUUUCGAGGUUAAGAAAAAUCUCCAUUUAAUGGAGAUAGAGACACUGCCAGUGUCUCUCAAAAGGCUAUCAAUAAAAAAUUGCAAAGUGCUGAAGAAUACUGGGUUUAUUAGUGGUCUCGUCAGCCUUGAACAAUUGUCUAUAUGUGAUUGUCCGCAGAUACAAGAACUCCCAAGCUUUGCUGAUUUGGCUUCGCUGAAAGAAUUUGAAAUGGCGAAUUGCCCCAAAGUUGAAAAUCUAGAAGGUUUGCAACACUCCAUGUCAUUGAAGAAAUUGCGGCUUCCAAAUACCCGUUGGAAGGUGCCCGGUAUAGAAAGUUUAGAGAGAGUGGAACGAUUGGAAGAACUAGUGCUCGAAUGUGACACCAUAUCAGCUGUGAAACCUUGUAUUCAGUCUAUGAAGGAAUGCCCAAGGUAUCUGAAGAUAACAGGUAGCGUGAGCCGUGUCGCGGAGCCAGCUGUAAACUCUUUGGCGUUUCCUGAUCUUGUGGUCAACGAGGUGGAUGAGACGUUCGAACGUUCGUCCCUACCAUGGUAUGAGGGUGAUUAUUUGUUUUAUUUGGAGGGAAAGGAGAAGAAUGAGGAGGAGAGGAAAGUGGUACUAAUAUGUGUGUGCCUUAGUGGUACUAAUAUGUGUGUGCCUAUGCGCUCACUUUGGUUCUUGAGGGAAGUAGAGAGAGAGAGAGCAGUGGUAGUUGAGGGAAGAAGGGAAAGAGUGGUGGAGGCAUUUUACCGAUUAUUAGCACGUCUGGAAUAGGUAACACUCAUUUUAUGCUUUUGAGAAAAUAAGAUAGCCUAGGCAUUAAUAGAAUUAGGGAGAAUUAUGUGGCAGUCUAAAUUAACUUUAUGUAAAGUUUAUUGUUCUUGGAUUUUUUUCUUUCCACUAAUUCUUAAUAGGUACAAAGAAUUUAUAUUUC